AAGAAAAAAUGGAAACCUUGGGAAACGGAGGAGGUAUAAAUAAAUGUAGCAAGUUAGGGGUUGAGGGUCAGCCGUUUAGGGUUUUCAAUUUCUUUCAACAAUGUCUCAGCUCUUGCGUCGAAUCUCAUCAUCUCUUGGGAAGAAGGAGAGACUCUGUUUCAGUGAAUUGCGGUGGUUUUCGACGGCGGCGGCGACGCCGUCUCCGUCUCCGUUUGUUCUAUGCAAUGAGACCAACGCAAGGAGGAGUAGAGUAUCUGACGGGGCAAGAGUGGUGGUGGUGGACAUCAACUUGUACGAUCCGAGGAAGGACGAAACCGUAGAAAUCCCCGACCAGACUCUGCCGGAGGAGCUUUAUCCUUCGAUGAAGAUAGGAUCUUCGAGGGGAUGGGUUGGUGUGAAGGACAUGCGUAAUUCCAAUGUGCUUCUCACCAAUAUCUUUAACCCUAGUGCCUCUGUUUCGUCACACAAGGUUAUCACUCUGCCUCCAUUGCAAGAUAGUGAAGCUCAUAUCUCAAGUAUCUCCCUCUCAGCCUCUCCAGACCAUGAAGACUGUGUAGUAGCCGCCACGACCACUCGUCCAUCUCUCUAUCUCUGUCGCCCUGGUGACUCUGAGUGGAUACACACCAAGAUCCCGCAUUUUAACAUGCAGAUGAUGUAUUCAGCGAGAGACCGGCAAUUCUAUCUCAGGAGCUGGAAAAACGAAGAGAAUGGGGCUCCACUUGAUCUCUUCAAGACUAGCUCCGGCUUCCCUCAGGUGAGUCUCUACCAGAGUUUUCCUAACUCUGACAUCCUCCAGGUUAGCUCCCCAAAUACCGAUCAAUACCUGGUCGAGUCACCUUCUGGCGAAUCCUUCAUUGUCUGCUGGUGUAACAAGUUGGCCAACAGAGAAGAAGUCGUGUCUCCUGAUAGUGCCUCCUACGUUCUGAAGCCCACGGGCUUUGCGGUGUUUAGGCAAGACCAUAAGAAGAAGAUUGCUUCUUACACUGAUGAUAUCGGGGAUCUCUGCAUUUUUCUAGGCAAGGGCGAGGAGGCCUUUUGCGUUUCUGCAUCUGAGUAUCCUGGACUUAAACCUAACUCUGUCUACUAUGCAAGAUACGACACGGGUCUCGGUUUCUAUGACCUAUCCUCCAACACUCUCCACGAGGUCACCGUUCCAGCUGCUCUCUCCAGAUUCUUCCUGUGCCUUGCCCCUCUCCACUGAAUACAGCUUAAUUAUGGGCUUUUAAACUGUUGUAACUUAUGUGUUGUAAUAUGCAUAGACGCCUUUUUAUAACUUGGGAUUUCAUGUUUUUUUCCUUAAUGUUGGUGCUUGCUUUUAGUUAAGCAAUGCAUAUUCCAUUUCAAAACCUUAAUGACAAUCUCUCUAGAGCUAUCGACUAUCUCAUUGUUUCA